AUGAGAGCUUCAUCUCGAGUUGGACACAGUGCAACACCAACAGAAUCUAGGCAGCGGCAUGAACGUGGAGUUGCAGUAAACGCUCUGUUCAUCGACCAUGCCUUCGUCAAAAUCAUGAGGCAAGCUGUAGCUGCCAUCUUUCUACAGAACAAGAUUGAAUGUGCUACGACCUCAGCUUUAGAUGUGCUGGGCAAUUUGGCUGCGAUGCGUAAGUUUUACUUUUGUUAUCAAUGUUUUGUGUUUAGAUAUGAACGAGAUUUGUCGGAAGACAAGGCUGUUGUUGGAGAACUCAGGGCGGUCGAAAGUUACUGCUCAUGAUGUUGAGAUGGCUUGCAGGGAUUUGGAGAUAUUUAUUGGAGAUUUAUGUGAUUAUAUUCAAAGGUUUUUGUUUGAUUCAAAUUAUCCAUAUAUACCUGAACGUAAGUUAUUGUAAAUCAACGUUUACUUGUUUUUUCUGUAUUUUCUUUGGUUUAAUAUUGUUUUUGAGUACAUUUUAAUUGAUAGAAGAGCAAUAUCAAACUUUUGAAUUAAAUAUUUAGAAAAAGCUUCAGACUGUCUUCUUAUACCUUCUUUAUUUCGAGUUAAAUUUCAGCACGAACGAUAGUGAAGAGGGCUCCAGAAGUUGCAAUGCAUAUUGGUGAUGCACCUGCAAGGCCAUCUCAUAUUCCUUCAUUCUUACCUCCAUUUCCAGAUCCUCACACUUAUAUUAGAACACCCGUAAGUCGUUUUAUGAUCUUUUACAACAUAUUUUUGUAAAAGCACUUUUUGGCUAAUGUUUUGUAAAAGCGACUUCUCUAUUUAAACUAGCAUUGAAAUUUGGUAAUACAGUGGAACUCUUGUAUAAUAUAACGAACUCCUCUAUACCGAAAUAAUUAAUAACGAACAAAUUUUGAAUCUCUUUCUACUGUAAUAGCAUUUUAGGUUAAAGUUACGACCAUUUUUAUGAUAUGUUUUAGAUUAACAUUGAGCCAGACAUUAGCUACGUGCGGCACAGGGAGUUGUGUGCGAAAAACAAACGUGACACUGAUUACACAUUAAUAACAUAUUUCACGACGAGACAUCCAACCGUAUCGUUGUUUAGGAAGUAUGAGGAAGAUGUCAGAGCUGCGGCAAGAGAUGAGGUGGGUCUUUAGGUUUUUGUUUUUGGAAGUGAAUUUCUUCCAACACCUCUGAUAGGCAAUCUUAUGAAAUAAGUGUUAUUUCUAAAAGUAUUGAAUUUGCAGUUGAGACGUCGAGAAGAACGCCGAAAAGAACGCAUAGAAGCUCGAGUGUUAGCAUUAAGACGACAGCGUUUGGAAAGAGACCUGUCAUUGGUUCAAGCAUCGAAUCUGCCAGAGGACUUUCUAGAAGAAGAUCAUGGAAACCAAGAAACUAACAAUUAUGACAUUGUAGAAGAGCGGAAUCUGAUUGAAGAUGAAAUAAGGUUAGAAGAACUCACUGAAACACAAGAAACAGAAAACUCUCUGGUUAGGAGAAAGCUACGACCGGCUUUUCAGAGUAAGUAGUGUUAGGGUUAUGUCAUCGGGGUAACUCUAGUUUUGGGUGGGGUAUUUUUAACUGGGGGGGGGGUGAAAAAGUCUGCCUUUUCUUCACCUACUGGCAAGAUGUUAUGCGCAAAACAAAAAAAAUAUAAUUUUUCAGUUUUCCUGCCCUUUAAAGACGAUCGUCCAUAUUUGAACGCUCUUUUGCCCUUCGAUUAUGGUGAGAAUAAAGAAAAAGACAAGAACUUUAUGUUGAACAUAGACAAGAAAGUACCCAGCAUUCAGGAUGGUACAACCUUAAUGGAAGAGCAGGUUUUAGUUCACAAAAGUUCAAAAAAGGCUAAAAAGAAGUCGGAAACUCAAUAUGAAUAG